GAUUCUACCACGCCCCUCUCAGUUGUGUGCUAUCUUCUGUUUCUGUUGUCACAAAAUAAAAACUCAAAUCUUAAUUUGCACUUAGCAAUCAAAUUUUCAGAUCGAGAUUAGUGUUCAUUAGAAAAAGAUGUGAUCAAUCUACUUGACUGUGUGUCAAUCGAAUCGUUGAUUUUUAUGGUUUCGCCUGUGCGCCAAGAUUGGAAUUUUACUUUCAUCAGACGGGGGGGUAAAAUGAGCAACUGACAGCACGGUGGAAAAAGAAAAAUACAUACAUAAAAAUCUUCUUAACUUGGUUCGAAUACGCCUAAUCAGGGAUUACAGUUUGACGGGAAAAGGUUUUCGGCAUGUCAAAUUUGCAAAAAUCUGUUUUGAAGUCUCGACUGCCGCCCACUGGUUUGUCGUACCCUAGGAUGGCUAGCCGAAAGUCUCGAGACUAUACGCCUGCAUCCUGGGACUUGUACUUUGAGAAAAAGCACCAAGUCAAAGUGUCUGACACAGACACCUUCUGCGCCUACACAGCCGGCGAAGUUGGAAAUCCGAUUUUGUGUCUGUUGCACGGCGGUGGUUUUUCUGGCCUUACAUGGUCUUUAUUUGCGAAACACGUAACAAGCAUGGUACACUGUGAAGUAGUGGCAAUCGACCUUCGAGGUCACGGUGAGACAGUGACCUCAAAUGACGAUGACCUGUCGGCCGAUACUCUGGCUAGGGAUGUUGGCAAGGUGCUUGAGCACCUUUUCAAGGAGCGCACAGAGCCUGUGUUGUUGAUGGGUCACUCCAUGGGCGGCGCCAUCGCUGUGCAUGCAGCCCACCUCGAGCUGAUUGCCAACCUGGUUGGAGUGGUGGUCAUCGACGUGGUGGAGGGCACUGCAAUGGAUGCACUUGCCUCUAUGCAGAGCUUCCUCCGCAGCAGACCAUCGACCUUCAGCUCUCUUGAAAACGCCAUCGAGUGGAGUGUACGCAGCGGGCAAAUUCGAAACUGCGAGUCCGCCCAAGUUUCUGUGCCAGGACAGCUGAAAAGCAUUAAGUCAGGCCAGGUUGGAGUUGGCUUUAUAAAUGAAGCAAGUCAAAGCACCGGUUUGACAGGCCAAGGAGCCACAACUGCUCUCUUGGAAGAGGAAGACGAGGAGCUGGAAAAUCCAAAAGAUCAGGGUUUUCAACCUCCAGCGCCUAUUCCUCCCAAAGAGCAAAAUGAGUUUACAUGGCGCAUAGAUCUCCGAAAGACUGAAAACUAUUGGCCAGGAUGGUUCCAGGGGCUGUCUCAAAAGUUCCUCAACCUGCCUGUGCCCAAAAUGCUCCUUUUAGCUGGAAUUGACAGGCUUGACAAGGAACUGACUGUCGGACAGAUGCAAGGCAAGUUCCAAAUGCAAGUCCUGUCCCACUGUGGCCACACUGUUCAUGAAGACACGCCAGACAAAGUGGCAGCAAUAAUAUCUACAUUCUUAGUGCGACACAAACUGGCCGAGCCUAAUGAAUAUUUUGAGAGAACUUUCCCAGCAUGCUGAUCAAUGCGCAUGAAUAAAUUGGACUGUACAUAAAUAUUUGCUGGAGUAAAUUUAUAUUUUCAUCACACCUAAAACAAUUUUGUGUUCAUCAAUUGAAUAAAUUUUGGAGUUUGUGCAGCUAA